CUCCGUUUUCAAAGCAAUCGCCCAUCAUGACUGGUGAGAAAAGUCAGGAGCACCUGCACAUCGAGGAACUCGUGCGUACCAAGCUGCCUACGUCCCCCAUCUACAAGUUCCUCUUGACGCCCAUCGUCAUCACCGAUGUCACCAAAGGGCACGUCGUCGCCAGACUGCCUCUCUCACAGGAUCACAUGAACAGUGGAGGCAGUCUGCACGGCUCGGUGUCAGCCACGAUUGUUGACUGGGCUGGCGGCAUGGCAGUAUCCAGCUGGGACUUGCGCUCAGGCAGCGGAGUCUCCUUGGACAUCCACAUCACUUAUCAGAGUGGCGCCAAGGUUGGCGAAGAGAUUGAGAUCGAAGGCAUUGCAGAACGUGUUGGUGGCAAUGUUGCCUUUACACGAGUCAACAUCUUCAAGGUGAUGGACGGUAAGAGAGGCAAUCUCGUGGCCACUGGCACGCAUACCAAGUUCGUGAAAGGAUCGGAACCAAAGAAGGUUGCAUGAUCUUCCACAAUCACCACGCUACGCUUGCGCAACGUACCUUGCAUGUUCUUUCCUUACCUAUAACCCUUUCUUCUUUGCGCCUACACAUGCACUCACGAUCUGUGAAUGGGCUCACUCGGAACGGGGAAAUUAAACUGUCUUCCACUUUAGAACCUGCCAGUGAGCUUCGGCCCUGAGCUGGCAGGAAUUAGGAGUUGACAACAUCUCAUCAAUACAAGUCCAAUUUACUUUACAUGGC